CCGGAAGUGUUCGCACUCUGCGUGCUCUUCGACGGGAAGCGCGUGGAUUUAUUAUCUUUUUCUUUUUCCUUCCUUGCCGGUGGCGGUUUUCUCGGGGCUCUUCGCGUCUCCCACCAGGCCGCUCGGUUGGUGGUGGGAAUUGACACCGCGAGGGUCUGCGCUGAACGAGGGAAGGCCUCAACAUGUCGGACAACGAGGAUAAUUUUGAUGGAGAUGAUUUUGAUGAUGUGGAAGAAGAUGAAGGACUUGAUGAUCUAGAAAAUGUUGAGGAGGAAGGUCAGGAAAAUGUGGAAAUCUUGCCAUCUGGAGAGCGACAACAAGCAAAUCAGAAGCGGAUCACUACUCCUUACAUGACCAAAUAUGAGCGGGCCAGAGUUCUUGGCACCCGUGCCCUACAGAUAGCGAUGUGUGCCCGUAUGGUAGAGCUGAAGGAGAAAGAGAUCCCCUUGCUGAUUGCAAUGAAAGAACUGAAAGCGCGGAAGAUUCCUAUAAUUAUCCGCAGGUACCUGCCGGAUGGAAGUUAUGAAGACUGGGGUGUAGAUGAACUAAUUAUCACAGAUUAAAUCUCUUCCGUGCUCCAUCUUUAUGGAUAUAUAUAUAUAUAUAUUGUGUAAAUAAAUACAAAAUCCCCCUACAAAUGUCUUGGAUGUUUCCUUUUUACAUAAAUAAUGCUAAAGAAAACCAGCAGCCUGCCUGUCUUGCUCUCUUUCUUUUUUCUUUUUAGUGCUUUUAUAGCUCAGUCUUACAUUGUCUUGAAGACCCAGUAGGUUAAUUCUGUUGUUGUUUUUGACAAACCAACUUGCUGCCUUUCAAUGCUAUAAAUGCAAACUAGAAAGAUGGUGCAGGAGAAGCUUCCUCAGUGUUGUAUCUAAUCAUCGUGCUAUGCGCAAGUGAUUUUAAAGUGAUCUUGCAGCUGCCAAACUUCCAGAUGCCCUUUAAGACAACUGAAAGACCCCUUUGCCUUCGACCUACGCUUUUUUCCAGGGGCCUGUAGUAGACGAGGCAUUUCUGUUGCUUGCUACCAAACAGACAUGCCUUUGUGCCUGGGAACAAGUUGCCUUGGAAACCCCCAAUUUCCCCUCUGAUCAAGGCUGGUUCUCUGGGCUUCUCAGGAGUAUCACAGAGCAACUCUCAUCAAAUCUCCCAUUGUUCCUUUUCCUGCCCUGACUUCUUAUCAAUCAACAGGAUCCCCUUACAGUGGGCUGUUCUACAGCAAAAAAGCAUAGUUGCCUUGAUGAGCUAUCUAGCGAGAGUCAGCUUGACAUCUGUAAUCUAUGCUUUAUGGUACCUAUGUCUCAGUACAUUUCUUUCCCACCCUGUCUGGUAUUAGUCUGACUGUAAGUGCAUGCUCAUAUUGAGAAGAAUUACACGAUCCCUAAAAUAUCAGGAAAAUAACUUUUAAACUUAGGUAAAUAAGCAAACUGUAUUGCAAAACAAAACUCCAAAUCCACUGUGCCACCCAAAUGGUCAAAGAUAAUAUUUUAAAAGUACUUUUGCAAUGAGAAAAAACUUAUGCUUCUAAGAAAUCUUUACUUUUUGCAACAAACACUCUUUUUUUGGAGCUUUCUAGAACUAAUGUAUUGUCAGCAUUGUGUCAAGCCUCCAACUAGCAUGUUCUGGAAAAUGAAGUCCAAGGCAUCCAUCCUUUUCAAAUCCAUUUUAAUGGGCACACAUUAAAUUGGCAAGGACUCGGUGUAAUUCCGACUCUGAAACCGGAUCCAGAAUUACACCCAAUAAAAACAAAAGUUUGAACCACCCCCCCCCCCCCCGAGUCACAAUCUCCAAUCAAUCCUCAGUCCAACACCCCGAUGGACUGUAAGGAUAUUUUAACAUAAUCUACAAAGGCUUUGUAAACCUCAUUCCUAUAAGUCAGAGGUCCCAACAAACCCAUGGUCCAUUGGGAACUGAGCUGUGCAAGCGAUGGAUGAGCAGGCAGAGCUCCGUUUUGUGUAAGCAGCGGGCACACGAGCAAAACCAUCCCCCUUCCGACACUGACACCGCCAGUCAGCAGAGCCGGAAAAGUUGGGGACCGCUGCUAUAAGUUAUACAUAUGUAAUGCAUGUAGUCCAAAAAGGUUUGCUUAAGAUAUUUGCCUUGCUUUUGGCUCUUGAUGCAAACUUAAUGCAUACUUUCUUAAGUGUAAUUUCUUUGAAUGCAAGUUCUUUUUUUAAAAUACAGCUCUUGAUUUUUGUAUGCAACAUUCAAUCCUGUGUACCUUUGUUUCAGAUGUAGGGUUUUGGGAGAGAAACUAAAGCUAACCAGACUCUGAAGAAAGAUUCCUGCUGGAAUAUCCAGAUUUCCUCCUACUAUGGCAAAAUUCUUUUAUUAUUCUACUUUAUGCCCGGGAGUUGCUACUGGAGGGGUACAUCGGACUUGCCCUGGAUGUGAGAUGUUUUUCCAGGGAGCUUGUGAAAUUGGGGCAAAGGCUAUAGACAGUCCUAGGACUUCAAGUUACCUAUUCUCUCCCUCCCCUCCACCCAAUUUCAUUUAUACACAAACACAAAUAUGCAAAUGAAAUUUAUAUUUGGAAAUAGUUUUUUAAGGGAGUAGUUUCAGAAAUAAUGUGAAAUGGAAGUGAAUAGAAUGCAACAACUGUCAACAGACAAAGGCACUGAAGCCAUAAGGAAUGUGUUGCGUUUGCUCACAGCAGCUAUACCAAUAAUAGGUUAAUUUGCAGAGUUGUUAUAACUUACAAAUCUCCUUGGCGUCCCGACUCCCUCUGGCGUUUAAUCACGUUUGUGUGAUGAAAUUUCAGUAAUGAAAUGUGUCUUUGUGUGAUCGUUUUGGCGUCCACAAUGGAGCGCAGGAGUUGUUCUCCUGGUCCUCUUUUAAAAAAAAAAAAGCUUCUUUGUUUUAAUACUCUCCCUUCCCCAUCCCCCAUCCCCCUUCCUCAACCCUUGCAUCUACAUCAGAUACAAUUAAAAGGAUAGCAAAAGGCUCUAGGCCACCUCCCACCAGACUGGCAGGGGAAUGUACAGUCCUUUUGUGCCCAGCAUGGAAGCUGGUAAAUGCCGGAUCCUACUUUUGUUCUUAAGACAGAAACAGGGCAAUUGGCAUUAACUCCUGCAAUUUAUUGGCUAAGAAAGCACAUCACUUCCUCUUAAUCAGCUUUCCUUCUGAAGAUGCGCAUAGGAAGCCCUUGAAAUAAUCUGGAAAGAUUUGCUUUUGUUCCUUGUGUGUGGUUCCUUUAGUUGUGGCAAUCUCCCUACUGCAAUAGGUCAUAUAUUUCCAGUUUUAACUAUGUUUUAUUGGAUAUAAAAAUGUCCAUAUAGAUGAAGUUUUCUCAUUCCAGAAUGCAAGACACAAUAAUGAGUUUAAGUUAUAGAAAGACAGAUGCCUUAUCUAUCAAUAAGAACAGUUCAACAAUGAAACAUGCUAUCUAGAGAAGGUGUACUGCUCUUCACUGAAUAUAUUCAAAUUAGGACUGAAAACCAUCUGACUAGAAUGCUUUAAUUUGGAUUCCUUCACAGGAGGUUGGACUUAGAGAGCCCAUGCACCCUCUUCCAAUUCUGAUUCUAUGCUUCUAGGAUUUGUAGUAAGAGGCGUGAAGAAAGAAACUAUGGCUAUUCUGAUCUAAAAUGAGGUACAUCUUGUGGAUUCAUUGGUCCGCUGAAGAAAGGCACUCCCUGACUUGGGGUGGCUUCACAAGAGCUUCCAGUGAAAAGAGAAA